GGCAGCAGCGGCAGCAGCGCUGGCGGGUGGCGGAAGGGCAGGCCCGGCGCCUCUGCCAGGGGUGGCGGUGGGGGGGCUGCCUUGAGAGAGCCAGGCCUGGGGCCUGACAGCUUUCUGCAUACUAGUAGUAUAUACCUUUAUGUAAGGCAGAGUGGUAUAGCGUGUAGCUCGUAGGCAUAAGAAUAUACAGUAGUGGCGUGGGAGGGGGCAGCUUGGCAUGCCAGAGUUUUGCCUUUGGGGGUCCUUCCUCUUGGGUGGCUCCAGCGGCUGAGGGAAUUGUGGGGUGGGGCUUGUGGAGGCUGGUGAGGGAAGGCAGAGGCCUGGGGGGGGACGUGGAGGGUCGAGCCAGAGUCCCUGAAGGGGCUCAUCUUUGAGGGGUUUGACCCCCCUCCACAGCUCUGGGACUUUUGGAGGGGCAAGCCAGAAUCCCUGAGGGGGUUCAUCUUUGAGGGGUUUAAACCCCCCUCCCCACAGCUCUGGGACUUGUGGAGGGGCAAGCCAGAGUCCCUGAGGGGGUUCAUCUUUGAGGGGUUUAAAUCCCCCUCCCCACAGCUCUGGGACUUGUGGAGGGGCAAGCCAGAGUCCCUGAGGGGGCUCAUCUUUGAGGGGUUUAACCCCCCUGGCCCCCCAGCGCUGGAGCUCUUGGAGGGGGUGUCCCCCAGUAGAAGCAGGCUGUCUGGAUCCCUGAGGGUGGAAGGGAAGAGAAACCUUCACCCAUGCGCUCCCUGUUAGCUGGUGAGGAUAUAGGAGUGCCCAAGGAAGGUUAUUUGGGGUUGGGGGGCUGUUUAAAUCUUCCUUCUCCAAGUGUUCGGGGUGCCUAAGGAGGCUGCACCCAUCUGACCCAGGGGUGGUGCUAUGUGGUGACUGGGAGGUGUGUAGUGCCUGAAGACCUUUGAGGGGCAUCUCAGGGUGUGCAGCGCUUUCAGGAGGAGUUGUGCCCUCGGCGCACGGCUUGGUGCGCAAAGAUGGCUUGGGCUCUGAAGUUACCCUUGGCCGACGAAGUCAUCGAAUCGGGUCUGGUUCAGGAUUUUGAUGCCAGCCUAUCCGGUAUUGGUCAAGAGCUGGGUGCUGGUGCCUACAGCAUGAGCGAUGUCCUGGCCCUGCCCAUCUUUAAGCAAGAAGAAUCCACCUUGCCUCCUGACAACGAGAACAAAAUCCUGCCCUUUCAAUAUGUGCUUUGUGCGGCCACUUCUCCUGCUGUGAAACUCCACGAUGAAACGCUCACCUAUCUCAAUCAAGGUCAAUCUUACGAAAUCAGAAUGCUGGACAAUAGGAAAAUGGGAGAGUUACCUGAACUUAAUGGGAAACUUGUAAAGAGUAUAUUUAGGGUGGUGUUUCACGACAGACGGCUUCAGUACACUGAGCAUCAACAACUUGAAGGCUGGAGAUGGAAUAGGCCAGGGGACAGAAUACUUGAUAUUGAUAUUCCAAUGUCUGUGGGCAUAAUCGAUCCCAGGGCAAACCCAACACAGCUGAAUACUGUAGAGUUUCUUUGGGAUCCCUCAAAGAGGACUUCUGUGUUCAUUCAGGUGCAUUGCAUCAGUACGGAGUUCACGAUGAGGAAGCAUGGUGGAGAGAAGGGUGUGCCAUUCCGAGUCCAGAUUGACACCUUUAAGGAAAAUGAGAAUGGAGAAUAUACAGAGCACCUGCAUUCUGCCAGCUGCCAGAUCAAAGUCUUCAAGCCCAAAGGAGCUGAUAGGAAACAAAAGACGGACAGGGAGAAAAUGGAGAAGCGCACGCCUCAAGAAAAAGAGAAGUAUCAGCCAUCAUAUGAGACGACGAUACUUACGGAGUGUUCUCCUUGGCCAGAGAUCACAUAUGUCAAUAAUGUGUCAUCCCCUGGCUUUAGCAGUUCGCACAGCAGCUUUUCCAUCAGUGAAGGAAACGGGUCUCCAAAUCACCAACCUGAACCUCCAGCUCCAGUUACAGAUAACCUUCUGCCAACAUCCACACCUCAGGAAGCGCAACAGUGGCUGCACCGAAACCGCUUCUCUACUUUUUCACGGCUUUUCACAAACUUCUCAGGAGCAGAUUUAUUGAAACUAACCAGAGAAGACGUCAUACAGAUUUGUGGCCCUGCAGACGGCAUCAGGCUCUUCAACGCAUUAAAGGGACGGAUGGUACGGCCAAGGCUGACUAUCUACGUCUGCCAAGAAUCACAGCAGUUGAGGGACCAGCAGGAACACGAAGAUGGGGAUGCAGCCAACAGUACUUUCUUUGUCUAUCAUGCCAUCUACUUAGAGGAGUUGACUGCUGUGGAGCUGACAGAGAAACUAGCCCAACUCUUCAGCAUUUCCUCGCAACAGAUCAGCCAGAUCUACAAACAAGGUCCCACGGGGAUACAUGUCCUCAUCAGUGAUGAGAUGAUACAGAACUUUCAAGAUGAAUCAUGUUUUGUCUUGGACACAAUGAAAGCUGAAACCAACGACAGUUACCACAUCAUCUUAAAAUAAGCAGGAGACUUGGGCUGGCCACCUCUUCUCACAUAUACUCGUCUUCAAUCAUCCAUCCUGGCUCCUGGAUACCGGCAGUUAUCCACAAAAGCAACUGAGAUUCAUCUUGUUAACACAGCAUGUUGCCUCUUGUUAGGUGAACACCCUAUACCGUUGCUGGCACGCAGGUAGACGUCUGUCGUAAGCACGCCACUGCUUGUUUGGUGUUCGACAACAUGGCUACAACUGCCAGGCCGAUCAGUGAAUGGAAACUUUGCAAUUAUGUGUCAUUGGUUCGGGGGGGGGGGGCGGGGAGCUGCCUAUGAACUACAGCUGCAACGCUUUGAUGGGAGGGGGAAGAUAAUGUUCGUGACAACGAUGCUCUGGGCACCCCUGGAAGCGAGCAUCCGUUCUGGAACGCCUCAGCUGUGCAAACUUUCUGGACGUGUACUUGGCUGGUACAGCCAAAGGGACUUCCAGGGUUUUGGACCAAUUUUUAGAUAAAGACUUUGUUCUUGUUCGGA